AUGAGGAGACCAACCCAAGCGCAUCUCGCCGGCACUGCCGUGCUCUUCCUACUAGCGGCCGCCAUCUCCGCGACAACUGUUGCCGUGGUGAACUCGAAGGCCGAUGCCCUUCUAGCAUGGAAGGCCAGCCUCGAUAACGCGACCGCGCUAUCUAACUGGACCCGGGCCACGCCGGUCUGUGAUUGGGCAGGUGUGUUCUGCAACAUCAAUGGCGUGAUCAAGGAGCUAAAUCUCCCCGGACUCGGUCUAUCGGGCGGGCUCGAUAUGCUCGACACCAUGGCGUUCUUGGCGCUCGCCUCUAUGGAUCUCAGCGGCAACGACCUUGGCGGCGCCAUACCGGCCAGCAUCUCGCGUCUGCGCUCCCUCGAAUCACUCGACCUCAGCAAUAACGGCUUCAAUGGCUCCAUCCCGCCGCAAUUUGGUGACAUGCCAAGCCUCGGCGACCUCAAUCUCAAUAGAAACAAGCUCGUCGGCAACAUCCCGCGCCAGCUCUGCAGGCUCAUCUCCAUACGGAUACUGCGAAUCUCUUACAACCAGCUCAGCGGAGAGCUUCCCAACUGCUGGUGCAACCUCCGGUCUCUGGAGGUCAUGCACCUGUCAAGCAACAGGCUCAUCGGGAAGCUUCCGCAUUGCUGGUGGAACCUGGAGGCUCUGCAGCAAAUGCACCUGGCCGAUAACUCCUUCUUAGGUGAAUUCCCGGCAACUACCGUAAGCCACAACUGCUCUCUCAUCACAUUAGAUCUCGCCGGAAAUGCUUUUGUUGGAGCUUUCCCACUCUUGGAUGGUUGCCACUCGCUGGUCACCCUCGACAUCAGCAGCAAUAGGUUCAGCGGCUCCAUUCGUCCGCAGCUCGGUGACAUGCUCGGUCUCUUCAUCGUCCGGCUCUACAAUAACAACCUCGUUGGUAACGUCCCACACCAGCUCUACAGGCUCCUCCUCAUUGGCAAUCUAGAUUUGUCCGACAAUCUGCUUGCCGGGGAGCUCCCGGACUGCUGGUGCAACCUCAAAUAUCUGGCGUUCAUGGAUCUAUCUAAUAACCGGCUCACGGGGAAGCUCCCGAACUGCUGGUGGAACCUGAAGGCUCUGCGUUUCAUGGAUCUAUCCAACAACUCCUUCUCAGGUAAAAUUCCCGCGGCUGUGGCAAGCUACAACUGCUCUCUUACGUCACUUUAUCUCGCCGGAAAUGGCUUUGUUGGUGCUUUCCCGCCGGUCCUAGAGGGUUGCAACUCCCUGACCACUCUGGAUCUAGGGAAUAACAUGUUCUUUGGUGUUAUCCCUCCAUGGAUUGGGAGUCAGGUUCCAAUGCUUAGAAUCCUUAGUCUCAGAUCAAACAACUUCACUGGAGAAAUUCCUCCAGGUUUAUCACAGCUUUCACAACUUCAGUUGCUCGACAUGUCCAACAAUAGCUUGACUGGCUCAAUUCCUAUAGGCUUCGGCAACUUGACCUCCAUGAGGCACCCAAAAAAUGUUUCAGCAAUAGAUAAAUUGUUGUGGGGUAAAUAUAAUGACAGACUUGGUAUAAUCUGGAAGGGUCGGGAUCAGACUUUCAGAGGCACAAUCCGAUUAUUAGCCGGUAUUGAUUUAUCAGACAAUUUUCUAUCACAAUGCAUCCCCGAAGAGUUAACCAAUCUUCAGGGCCUUCGGUUCCUAAACCUUUCAAGAAACCAUAUGUCGUGCCGCAUUCCCCAGGACAUUGGUAGCCUCUCUUUUCUUGAGAUCCUUGAUCUAUCAUCUAAUCAACUUUUUGGAAACAUUCCUCAAAGCAUCACACAAUUAUUAGGGCUCAACACGUUAAAUGUCUCGAACAAUCUUUUGUCGGGCAAGAUACCCACCGGGAAUCAGAUUCAGACGCUGACUGACCCAUCAAUUUACUCCAACAAUUCUGGGCUUUGUGGAUUUCCUCUAAACAUUUCGUGUGCCACUACUUCGCUUGCACCGGAUGAGAGAAAUGGUGAAGAGGAGGACCACUGGAUGUACUACUGUGUGAUUGCUGGGAUUGUGUCUGGUCUCUGGUUGUGGUUUGGGAUGCUCUUUACAAUUAAGUCGUGGAGAUGUGGUUUUCUUUCCUUUGUUGAUGGCAUGCAAUGUAAAAUUAUGAAAAAGUUGUGA